GCCGUCCACUGCUGAUAACACUGCUAAUAAGAGAUGACGGAAGAUUUGGUUUCAACGUUUGAAAUCAAUGGUGAAUCAAACCCACACCUUACUUCACUCCCACACGCGAAGCGACUACAUCAUUGCAUUCAUUGCCAUUGAACGAGCACGUUGACCUGCCACCGACUUAGCCAACGUUUCGCAGAAUUUUUCCAUAGGCGACUAAAUAUUCAGUAUGGGCCAUUCAACAUUCUCUAGUAUCCUUUUUUUUACCAUUUUUUUCGUCUUUUUGUCUCAAAUGUUUCCUAUUACCCAAGGGAAAGGUUUCGGAAAGUGUGACAAGGACAGCAUAUGCGGGCCUGGAUUUUACUGCUCAGACUCCAACCUUUGCGAAAUAUGCGUACCUUGCGAAAAGGUAUUCAAUCGCCAGUCGCUUACGUAUAGCUCGGGUGAAUCCGUUUGCGCAAAGUCUGUGGCCAAUUGUGGACAGUGUUUGGAAGGAUUUCAAGCUUUUGACAGAAGUGAUGGGCAACCUUCUGAAAAAUGUUUCCCUUCGGAUAAAUCCAUUUCGUACUCCAACACUUCAGUAUUAGCAGCCCCAGCAGCAUGGGCCAUUUUCUUCCUUUGUUUCCUUAGCUGGAUCAUCUACUAAAAGAGAGAUCAACCUAAUUUUAUUGUGACGACCUCGAAUCUUGCCACGAUCUUGCCAUAUUUCCCACACGAACCGAAAUUGAUGCUCCAAAAAUGUUCUCUUCUCUCUCCCUACUUAAUCUAUCUCUACGGUAUGGACAUCAUCGGACAUCAUUUUGAAUGCUCUUCGUCUUUCGUCACAUGAAAUAUUAACAGUAAAAAUGUCUUGAUGCCAAAUAUGCAAUUAAAAAAAAAACAGUGUACGAAUUUUCUUACGAAUCGAUAUCAAUAUA